AUGCGACCCCAAAUUCGAAUACCCAUUCCGUUCCUUCUCCCUUGUAGCUGCCCUAUAUCAGCAUCAACAUCUUCGUCGUCAAUAUCCUCCAAUUCCUUAUUCCUGUAUGCUCCCAAUUCCCGACUGUCACAAUGGACAUGUCACCAAUGUCUGGAGCAACGUCGCGUGCAAAGACAUCAGAUCGCCCACCUUCUUUCGCGUGAAUAUUCAACGACUACACCACAGUUUCAAAAGUUCAAUAAUAACUGGGGGAACAACACCAAUGAUAAGAGGCGGCCUAGAAGAGCGUUGCGAUAUGCCGCGGCAGGGGGAACGUUGGGCGCGGCCUUGUUCGCGUUCUCGGACGAUUUGAAGCAUGUAUAUUCGGCGGCGGAAAGGACGGGGAGGGUUACUGUUGCGUUGGCCGUUUGCAUUAACGACUAUCGCAAGACCUUAAACCGAGAUUCGGACUCCGAGGAAGAAAAAGCGGGGUGGCUGAAAGCCUGCCACAAGCGCUGCGCGCAACGGACCCUGCGUGUGCUGGAAAAGAAUGGAUCAAUAUUCAUCAAGCUGGGACAACACUUGAGUAGCAUGGGUUAUCUCUUGCCACUGGAAUGGACUACGACAUUUAUCCCUCUGCAAGAUAAAUGCCCGGUCUCUUCGUUUGAGUCAAUUGAGGAGAUGUUCGUCAAGGAUACUGGCACACACGAUCGACGAGCUUUUCUCGAGUUUUGA